AUGACAGUAAAAAAUAAACAAGAAGAGGCUAAGAAGGAGAAAGUGGAACCCGUAGCUGCGACAAAUGAUGAUUUGUCUGAAGAAGAUAAACGACUUCAGGAGGAGCUUAACAUGCUCGUUGAAAAACUUGUGGGCAAUGAAGUUGAACUGUAUUUUCCGGCCCUGCAAAUGUUAAGUAACCUUAUUCGCACAUCAACAACAUCAAUGACGUCUGUACCAAAACCGUUAAAAUUUUUGCGAGAACAUUAUCCAGCUCUGAAGGAGGUCUAUGAGAAAAUUAAAGACCCUAAAACCAAGAAGUUCUGUGCUGAUGUAGUCUCAGUACUGGCAAUGGGUGUGAGUGGGACUGUGGAUGUAGCAGAGAAGAGGGAAUGUCUAAAAUACUGCUUAUUGGGUACAAUGGCCAAUGUUGGAGAAUGGGGUCAUGAGUAUGUUAGACAGCUUGAAGGAGAAAUUUCAGAGGAAUGGAAUGUAGAAAACGUAGACACAUUAUUACCACUUGUCCGUGACGUAAUAGCUUUUGAUAUGAAGCACUCUGCUGAAAUACAAGCCUGUGACCUGCUUAUGGAAAUUGAUAAAUUAGAUCUCCUUACGCAGCACAUGGACCAGAGCAACUACCCACGAGUUUGCUUAUAUUUGAUAGGAUGUGCAAGCUAUGUAGUAGAACCUGAAUCCACCCAAAUCCUCAAGGGAGUACUUGACACAUAUGUAAAGUUUGGAGAGUACCCGAGAGCCAUGCUUGUUGCAAUGCAGCUGAAUGAUAAGGCUAAGUGUGAAGCAGUGUUUAGUUCAUGCCCUGAUAUAUUAGUCAAGAAACAAUUAUGCUACAUGUUAGCUCGGCAAUAUAUUCCAUUUGACUUGGAUGACGAAGAUCUCAGAACGAUUUUGUUGAAUGCACACAUUAAUGAUCAUUUUUUGAGUUUGGGUAGAGAGCUUGACAUCAUGGAACCUAAAACUCCUGAAGAAGUGUACAAAACUUGGUUGGAAUCAGCUGGUUCUGCACUCCGACCCUCACUCUUGGCUGACCACCCAGUCGAUUCUGCGCGGCAGAACUUAUCAGCCACAUUUGUGAAUGCGUUCGUCAAUGCCGGUUUUGGUAGAGAUAAGCUGGUAACUACUGAAGAUGGCAACAAAUGGAUGUACAAAAACAAAGACCAUGGAAUGUUGUCAGCAGCUGCUUCGCUAGGAAUGAUCCACUUGUGGGAUGUUGAUGGUGGUCUUACUCCAAUCGAUAAAUACUUAUACACCGCUGAUGAGCAUAUUAAAGCAGGAGCUUUGCUUGCCUUGGGUCUGGUUAACUGUGGCGUCAGAAACGAGUGUGAUCCCGCACUGGCUCUGUUGUCAGACUAUGUUCUUCAUUCAAGUGCUAAUCUUAGAAUUGGAAGUGUACUGGGUCUUGGUAUAGCUUACGCUGGCACUCAGCGUGAGGACGUGCUGUCACAUUUGCUGCCAGUCCUCAGUGAUUCAGCUGCUCCAGCUGAGAUUUGCGCUUUAGCGGCGUUGUCUUGUGGUCUCAUUGCUGUCGGGUCUUGUAAUGGCGAUGUUACCUGUGCCAUUAUUCAGCGUUUAAUCGAAGACAAUAAGGACCUUCAUUCCUCUACAUAUGCACGAUUCUUGCAUUUGGGUCUCGGACUCUGCUUCUUGGGUUGCAAGGAGCGUACAGAGGCAACGAUGGCCGCACUUGAGGUAUUGCCCGAGCCACAGCAGUCUCUGUGCCAGACUACGCUGUCCAUGUGCGCAUACGCAGGCACCGGUGAUGUGCUCGUCGUACAACAAAUGUUGCACAUUUGUUCAAAACAUUAUGAAACUGAUAAUGAACAAACAUCCACCGAAGACACAGCUUUCAAGAAGCAAGACAAGAAAGACAGCAAGGAGGGAUCCAGUAGUAGUAGUGCUGGAAGUAGCUCAGCUGGCAGUUCUAAGGAUGACAAGAAUAAGAGUAAAUCAAAGGACAGCAAGAGUAAGGAGAAGGAGAAGGAGCGCGAAGCUAAUAAGGAGUUGUCAUCGGUCCAGGCGGUUGCUACUCUUGGUGUGGCCGUUAUCGCCUUCGCAGAGGAGACUGGCGCUGAAAUGUGCACCAGGAUCUUUGGACAACUGGGUCGUUAUGGUGAGCCGGCUGUUCGUAGAGCGGUGCCCCUCGCGAUUGCUCUCUGCUCGGUGUCGAACCCGCAGCUAGCUGUCAUAGAUGUCCUGAACAAGUAUUCCCAUGACUCAGACAAUGAUGUGGCCUAUAACGCAAUCUUCGCUAUGGGACUUGUUGGUGCCGGUACUAAUAACGCUAGGCUAGCGACGAUGCUGCGCGCUCUAGCUCUAUACCACAGCAAGUCUCCAGUACACUUGUUUAUGGUUCGUCUCGCCCAGGGGCUUUGCCACGCUGGCAAAGGCACAGUUACUCUUAGUCCAGCGCAUGCCGACAGACGUUUGGUUAAUCAACCUGCCUUAGCUGGUCUUCUGGUGGUGCUUACCGCCCUACUUGACUGCAAGAACAUAAUCCUUGGCAAGUCUCAUUAUUUGCUGUUUGUGUUAGCAACAGCAAUGCAACCUCGUUGGUUAGUCACACUGGAUGAAAAUCUGCAGCCCCUGAAUGUCAGCGUUCGUGUUGGACAGGCGGUGGAUGUAAUUGGCAAAGCAGGAACACCAAAAACAAUUGCUGGUUCACAUACUCACACAACUCCUGUACUUCUAUCAUUUGGGGAAAGGGCAGAAUUGGCGACGGAUGAAUACAUACCACUUUCACCAGUAAUGGAAGGUUUUGUGAUUCUCAAGAAAAAUGAAGACAGCAUUAUGGCGUCUGUGCAGUAA